CCUUUAGCACCCAUAAAAAACAAACAAACAAGAAAGUGGUUUGUCUGUACAGCAGCAAGGAGUGCUCUAACAGACCACAGCUACACAAGCAGGAAACCAACCUAAUCAACAACACACAUUUGAGACGAUGCUGAGAGUUGUGGGACAUCUGUUGUGUCUCAUUAUAUGCUGUCUAGGAGCUGAUGGCUUGACUGAGACACUGGUGGAACUUGGACAGAAUACAAUCAUAAACUGUUCUAUUAACAUAGAAAGUGCAUACUGGUACAUACAGCACCAACCACAGCCUCCACUGGCCAUACUCCGCUCGUUCACUAGUAGUAGUCCUGCUGCUUUUUAUUACAAUAAUAAUUAUAGACAGAAAUAUUCAUUAGAAACAGGAAAUAGUUUGUUCAUACAGAAUGUAACAGUAGAUGAUUGUGGCGUGUUCUACUGUGCAAAGAAAGAAGAGGGUAGAUUGAUAUUCAGUAAUGGCACCAGACUCAUGACCGCUGAUGUUUAUGCUGACUAUCCCAAUCAGACAAACCAGACAUCCAGCUAUCCAAACCAGACAUCCAGCUAUCCAAACCAGACAUCCAGCUAUCCAAACCAGACAUCCAGCUAUCCAAACCAGACAUCCAGCUAUCCAAACCAGACAUCCAGCUAUCCAAACCAGACAUCCAGCUAUCUAAACCAGACAUCCAGCUAUCCAAACCAGACAUCCAGCUAUCCAAACCAGACAUCCAGCUAUCCAAACCAGACAUCCAGCUAUCCAAACCAGACCUCCAACUGCAGGUCAUCAUGGGAGAACUGUCUUCUGUCCAUUUACAGUGUUCUGAAUGUUAUUCUGAUGGUUAUGAUCCUGGUGCUAAUCUUGACCUUGCCAUGUCAGAACAGGAACUCUCCUUCAAAACUAACACCAAGACGCCGAAUAGACCAGAGGUGCUGGUUACCGGUUUGUGUGAUCCUGUUGAUUGGACCCCAAGUCUCUUCGCAGGUCAACGUUGAAGGCUUCAAGGGAGAUAAUGUUAUCUUGCCUUGCACAUACAUUGAGAAGGCGCUUAAAAAUUUAAACAUUUUUUGGGAAACCGCAGAUGAUGUGAAUGUCUACAGUAUUAUUGAUGGAAAAGCAGAUUUGGCCAAGCAAAACUCUCUGUUCAUCAACAGAACCAGUAUGUUCUCUGAUGAGUGGACAAAAGGCAACUUUUCUCUCCUACUGACUGACCUCAAUGACUCUGAUAGUGGGAGUUAUUUAUGUUUCAUACCAACAGAGGACGUUCUUUGUCAAGUGGAACUUUCUGUUCAAGAGAAACCUACACAGAGCAGCAGCGUGAGCCUCAGAGGACAGAACCUCAGCCUCUUCCUGUUUCUCCUCCUCAGUCAAAUGCUCUACCUUCUUUGACCCACAGCAUAGAAAUUGGUCAUUGUGCCAUUUUAUGUGGCUUUGUUUUGCAACUUCUGUGUGUUCAAUCGUCUGAAAUAUCUUUUCUCUCUAUAUGUAUGAAAUAUGAAACUGCAAAUAUAGGCUACCACUUGUUAGAACUCUUUAUAGACGUGAUGAGUAAAUGCAUAACACUUUUUUAAACCUGGGUAAUCUGUGAAAUCAAAAGAGGAAUACAUUUGAAAUAGGAUUGGAAUAGGGUUAAAAUAGUGUUGAAAUAAGAUUGAAAUAGGUUUGAAAUAGG